CACACAGGGCAGGCAGGCAGGAGCCGGGUUUGCUGGUCUCUUCUUCCUGGUGCAGCCAGCUUGGGGUGCAGGCCAUGGGGCCUGCUGGAGGGUGACAGCAGCCCAGUGGGCAAGCAUGUUUGGGGGCCUGGCAGCCCAGGGCAUGGCAGGACCUCUUCGGGGCAGGGUGGAGGAGCUGAAGCAGCCCUGGUGGCGGGAGAGCUCACCGCUGGUGCUGCAGCACAGCGAGGCAGCCCGGCUGGCGGCCGACGCCCUCCUGGAGCGGGGCGAGGCUGCCUACCUGCGGGUGAUCUCGGAGGAGCGGGAACUGCCCUUCCUGAGCGCCCUGGAUGUGGACUACAUAACCAGCCAUGUGCGCGGGGGCCCUGAGCUUGACCCCCCGGACCUGGACUUGGGGUGGCCCGAGAUCCCACAGGCCACGGGCUUCAGCCCCACCCAGGCUGUGGUCCACUUUCAGCGGGACAAGACCAAGAACAUCAAAGACCUCCUGCGGUUCCUCUUCAGCCAGGCCCGCAAGGUGGUGGCUGUGGUGAUGGACGUGUUCACCGACAUGGAGCUCCUGUGCGACCUCAUGGAGGCCUCGAGCCGGCGCGGCGUCCCCGUCUACCUGCUCCUGGCUCAGGAGCACCUGGGCCACUUUCUGGAGAUGUGCUACAAGAUGGACCUCAAUGGGGGGCACCUGCUGAACAUGCGUGUACGGAGCACGUGUGGGGACACAUACUGCAGCAAGGCAGGCCGCCGCUUCACGGGGCAGGCCCUGGAGAAGUUCGUCAUCGUGGACUGUGAGCAGGUGGUGGCAGGCAGCUACAGCUUCACCUGGCUCUGCAGCCAGGCCCACACUAGCAUGGUGCUGCAGCUGAGGGGCCGCAUCGUGGAAGACUUUGACCGGGAGUUUCGCUGUCUGUAUGCCGAGUCUCGGCCCGUGGAGGGCUUCUGCAGCGGUGAAGACCCCAGGGCGCCGUGCCCUCCUCCGGUGGCCCUGACCUUCGUGCCCAGCAUCCCGAGCCCUGUGUCCUCACCACCCUCCAGCACCAGCCUCAGCAGCAUCAAGCGCUCCCCUCUCAUGGGCCGCUCCUCCUACCUCGCUCUACCAGGAGGCGGUGGCUGCAGUGACACGGGUAUGGGGUCCACAUCCCCAGGCUCUGCUUGUCGCAAGGCCAGUGGCCAGCCCUCCCUACAGCGCCAGCUGUCAGAUCCUAACCGUGGCUCCCCUCCAGGGCCCUACAGGGCCAACCUGGGCAAGCUGGGGGCUUCCCCCUGGUCCCAGUCCUCCCCUGCCCUCAACCACAAUAGCAACAGCCACUUGACUCCAGCAGUGGGGUCACCUCUGCCUACUCGCCAGCGCUCCUUCCUCCCCUUGUCCCGGGGUGUCAUCACCCUCUCCCGGCUCCCAGAGAAUGGGUUCCCAGGAAGUCAGGAGCCUAGCCCCCCACGAGGUCGCAGGGUACCUGGCACAGGCCUGGAGACCGUGGAGGAGAAGAAGGGGUCUCUGAGUCAGAGCCAUGGCCAGCUGGACCUCCUCAUCCCCUUCCCCAGAGCCCGAGAAGCAGGAGGCCCUGAUCCUGGGGUUACCUCCAACUCAGACCCCGUUUGGCCUGGGGAGCAUGCCCGAGAGGACAGGAGGUUAUCCUCAACCCAGAAACACAACCAGCUGGAUCUCCUGCCCCGGGCUCAAGGUGCUGGGUGUGCUCCUGAGCCAAGUCCCCCCAGGCCUGGCAAUGGGACCCCUGAGGAUAAGAGGCUGCCUCCAAACCACAGCCAUGGCCAAUUGGACCUCCUGGUACAGUACCCCAAGGCUAGGGGCUCCAGAGUGCUCCCUGAAGCCAACUCCUCAGCCAGGGCUGGCAAGCAGGGUCCAGAUGAGCGACGGCAGACCUUGGGCCACAGCCAGCUGGACCUCAUCACAAAGUUUGGCCCAUUCCGGGGCGAGGGGCCUGGACCCAAUAGUGUCCCAGGACCAAGCCAUGCUCGCAAGCCUGGAGUGGGCUCUGGGGAUGAGAAGCGGCUGACUCUGGGCCACAGCCAGCUGGACCUCAUCACCAAGUAUCAUCAACUGCAGGGUGCCAGACAGGGACCUGAACAUGACCUCCCCGGGAGCCCCACAGGUGGCCAUCGCAGUGGCAGUAGCAAUGGCCCAUUUGAGGAUGAGAAACGGAUGACCCUGGGCCAUAGCAAACUGGACCUCAUCACUAAGUACAACAAGUCCAAGUUCAAGGUGCUCCGAAGCCGCUUUGAGUCCUAGUCUUGCUCCCAGCAGGGAUAUGUCCCUCCUCCGUCUGCUGAGACUCUAGAUCCUAGACUUUGGGGUGGAAGCUCAGGCAGACGUGGCACGGGGAGGAGAGGGUGGCUAGAAGCCCAGGUUAGACAAACCCUGGGCUCAGGAUUCUUGCUCACUACACACACACACACACACACACACACACACACGAGGACAUACACAUGGGGAAACAGAACCCACAGUUAAUGGCAUUUUUCACUGUUACUACUUCUCAUUCUUUAUCUUCAGCCCUACAAGACAGACCUCCAGUAGAUAAAACACCCUAGGGUCAUAGGUGUAAUCUUCCCUAUUUUAUAAACAUGGAAGCUGAGGCCCAGAGAGUUGAUGAUUUGCUUGGAAUCAGGUCUAAGUAAGUGCCAGAGUAGGCACCCACGCCUGUGUCUCUAACUCUUACGACUGGUUUUGACACAGACACAACACACAAUAUCAACAAUUCAUAUGUCCCCAUGCACACGAAAUACACACAUCACACGGAUGCCUCAAAUGCCUGCACAAUACACGUAGCACACCAGCAGGGUUCAUGUCCACAGGCUGCACACCCGUACACGCCAUCAUGUCGUUUGGCUAAACAAAUGGCUACAGAAAAUAUGCAUUCAUUCACACUGUAGACCCCUCAGGACCCACGGACCAUAAAUAUGCACAUAAACACACAUAUGCAGAGCAUGUACCAACCAGUAUUUUCUUGUACCUAGUUUGUGUACCCAGCCCUGCUGGGCAUGCUGUAGGGCUGGCAAACGAAUCAGACACAGCCCCCAGAUUAAGUGCCUAAACCACUGGCCAGCAAGACAAGGCUAAUUAAUAUCUAAUGAAAAGCAAACCGAUGACAAAGGAUAGUAGAGAAUGAAGCGCAGAGAGUCCCGGUGAUGGUGGAGUGGUGAGGAAAAUAUUUUAGAGGAGGCAACCUUUGAGAAGGGCUUGAAGGAUGGGGAGGGUUUGGACAGACGGAGGAGAGGCCGGAGGCAUUCUGGUGAAGAGACACUGGGGAGGGGGCUGAGGGAGGGGUCUGAGAUGAGUUGGGGAGGAUGUAGAGGGUGUGCGGCACACGCACACACAUGCACACACACAUUUUGCUGAGUGUUCCUAGAAGCACAGGCUCUGACAAGUGGGUCCUUCUCCUGCGCUCACCACCUGCCUGAGACCGUGUAAUACAUGAUACAAAUCAAUAAAAGCAGACAUGUUA